GAGAGGACAAACAAAAGCACAACCGAGGGUGCCUGCAACCAUGAGCGGCUUGCACUAUUCGCCGGAGCUGCCGCUAGCUCUGCCGCUCUGCCCGCGGACCAGGUCGUGAGGUGUGGCUCGGAAACGCUCCGGGGAACCUGUCAGCCGAAACGACUCGCCGAGGAGGAGGUGGGGUGGUGGUGGAAAAGAUGUCCGCCUCGGUGGGGCCCCAGGGUGGCCCUCGCCCACCCACCGCGCCGCCAUCCAUGCCGGAUCUGCCGGACCUGAGCCAUCUCACCGAGGAGGAGAGGAAGAUCAUCAUGGCUGUGAUGGCUCGGCAAAAGGAGGAAGAGGAAAAAGAACAAGCCAUGCUAAAAACACUGCACCAGCAGUUUGAGAGCUACAAACAGGAGGUGCGGCGCAUCGGGGCCGAGACGCGGCGUCAGCAGACCCAGCUGAAGGACGACGCACCCACCUGCGGUAUCUGCCGCAAGACCAAGUUUGCAGACGGCUGCGGCCACCUCUGCUCCUACUGCCAGACCAAAUUCUGCGCUCGCUGUGGAGGGCGGGUCUCUCUGCGAUCCAACAAUGAGGACAAAGUGUGUGUCAUAGUGAAGGACAGGGUGAUGUGGGUAUGCAACCUGUGCCGUAAGCAGCAGGAGAUCCUUACCAAAUCAGGAGAAUGGUUUUCGGGGUCAGGGGUGCGGCCUGGGAGCCUGGGCACCUCCUUGAACAACCUAGCCACGGGAGGUGAGGCUCAACGGGACAGGAAGCUUCUCCGCUCCAGAUCCCAAGCCCCGACCUCCGGCAACAUAGCGGACGGGACGAAGCCACCCACUGGUGUCACAGCAGCCAAGGGUGCUGACAGCAUGCCUGGUACACGCUCCCAAAGUGAGCCACCUAAAGAAAAGAAAAGGCCAGUUUCCCUACAUGAACAAAAUGGCAGAGGAGGAAUGGGACGUGGAAGUGGUCGCAGAGCUUCUGGGAAGCUGCCGUCUCAGUCGUCUCUUGAUGAGCGAGUGAUGUCUGGGGACAGAGGAGAGAGACGGAUAGGAGACGGGCGGAGGCUGGAGAAGAUCCAUUCUCAGGACUACGAGGAUGGCCAGGAGAACUACAAUCUUUCAGAAACCCACCGGAGACGCCCAGAGGAUGAAGAGCAGAGGGAACGCCAGCGCCGUGAGGAGGAGUUUCAGAAUCGUUAUCGUAGUGACCCCAACCUGGCACGGUAUCCAGUGAAACCACAGAAGGAGGAGCAGGAGAUGCGGAUGCAUGCUAAGGUGUCCAAGGUCCGCCAUGAAAGACGACACAGUGAUCUUGCAAUCAAUGAGGUGGGGCUGGGACCUGAAGGAGGAGGAGGUGGUGCAGGGGAUGUGCCUGAAAACCGCCUGGCGAGGAGGGGUGGAGGUGGAGAGGGCAAAGCCGGCUUGGAGAACCACCGAGCCUACUCUGUGGAUAGGACCGUGGGGGGUGGAGGGGGAGCUCCGCCUGGGGGCGGAGUGAGAUCAGGACCUCAACCAGGAGGACAGGUGCCUUCAGACUGGGGUCCAAAUAAAGGCCGUCUAGAGCCCGGCACAAUGCGGACACCAAAGGACAAAGGUGGGGACAACCUGAUAAGGAAAGACUCUCAGAGCUCGGACCAGUCGGAGUCUUUGCGGCCGCCCCCUCCACGGACAUACAAGAGCAAGCGCGGCGUCAACAAGAGGCAGAUGUCCAUCAGCAGCUCAGAGGAGGAGGGCGGCUCCACGCCCGAGUACACCAGCUGUGAGGACGUGGACAUGGAAAGCGUCAGUGAGAAAGGUGACUGGGAUUGUCAUUCUCUUGAUCCUACAGUGUGGCAUCAUCCAGUUACGUGGCAGCCGUCCAAGGAGGGUGACCACUUAAUCGGACGAAUCACACUCAGUAAGAGGUCAGCCAUGCCCCGGGAGGCUGGCUCACUCCUCGGCCUAAAAGUGGUAGGAGGGAAGAUGACAGAGAUGGGGAGACUCGGGGCCUUUAUCACCAAAGUUAAGAAAGGCAGCCUGGCAGAUGUCGUGGGACACCUACGAGCAGGCGAUGAAGUGCUGCAGUGGAAUGGGAAGUCUCUGCCUGGACUAACAAAGAAAGAAGUGUACAACAUCAUCCUUGAAUCCAAGGCAGAACCUCAAGUGGAAAUAGUUGUAUCACGACCUAUAGGAGACAUCCCAAGAAUCCCAGAGUCAUCCCACCCACCUCUAGAAUCUACUGGCUCCAGUUCCUUCGAGUCACAAAAGAUGGACCGUCCUUCUAUUUCGGUGAUGUCCCCAACCAGCCCCGGAACCCUCCGAGACCUCCCUCUGGUACUUCCUGGACAGCUCUCUGUGAAAUUGUGGUACGACAAAGUGGGUCAUCAGUUGAUCGUCAACGUCCUUCAAGCCAUAGAUCUGCCAACCCGUCCAGACGGACGACCUCGGAACCCCUAUGUCAAAAUGUACUUCCUCCCUGAUAGGAGUGAUAAGAGUAAACGGCGGACCAAAACAGUGAAGAAGAGCGCUGAGCCCAAGUGGAACCAGACAUUUUUAUAUUCCCACGUCCAUCGGCGAGAUUUCAGAGAACGAAUGCUGGAGAUCACUGUGUGGGACCAACCCAGAGUCCAGGAGGAGGAGAGUGAAUUCCUGGGAGAGAUCCUGAUCGAGUUGGAAACCGCCUUGCUGGACGAUAUUCCUCACUGGUAUAAACUCCAGACACAUGACGUGUCCUCUAUACCUCUGCCCCAGCCUUCCCCGUACCUCCCACGCAGACAUGUCCACGGAGACAGCCCAAGCAAGAAACUACAGAGGUCGCAUCGCAUCAUUGAUACAGAGUUUGAUGAUGGUUUGAUGGUAGUGAAUAAAGGUUCAGAGCGUAACUCCAGGGACAGAGAGCGCGGCAGUACGUUGGCUGUUCCUGAGCAGCAGCGGCCUGUCCAGCACCGCUCUCGCUCCGUGUCGCCUCACAGAGAAGACUCCUGCAGGGCUCGCUCACGGCCUGCACACGUCCCCAUGCAGAGGAGUCUAGAUGAGAUCCACCAGAACCGCAACCACUCCCCAUCCCCCUCCCGCUACCACGAUGCACACCUGGAGCACCAGCGCUCCGGUGACUCAGACUACGAGUACUCCGAGGACAGUGAGGUCCUGGAGAUGCACAGGUCUAUCCGAGGCGGGAGUGCCGAGUGCCUGCACACAAACAGCGACCUGCAGCCGUCGUUGGACAGAGUGAGGAGUGCCAGCACCACCUGUCUCAGACCAGACACCAACUUUCACCCCUCUGACAGAGACAGGUGCUCCAUCUCUUUACCCCACAAGACUCCCCCCAGCCCCAGGAUCUUAGUAGAACAUGUGACCACUGAUGAAGACAGGCAGUGUAGCAAUUCAUCAAGUCCAAACUGUCACAGGGGCAGCAGAAAAAGUCUGGAAGGAGAUAGUCGAAUCCAGCCCACCUCUAUCCUGAGGGGCAGUAGGGGGAGAGGGGGCCCGCUGAGGCCGUUUGGGCAGACAGCCCUGGCCGGGCCCUGCCCAAAUUCACCACGUGUAGACAGACACCUUCAUGGCAGCCCUUCUCCAACGGGGACUCCCUCCUCAGGUCGCAGGGGCCGGCAGCUGCCUCAGCUUCCUGCAAAAAGCAGCAGCAUAGAGCAAGCUCUUGCUGUAGAGGAGCGAGCCCGACAGCUGCAGAUGAAAGUACAUCCCUACCGGCCUUCAGCCUCCCACGACCCUGAGAUGGACCUCAAGACCAAACGGGAGAUGUACGCAGAACAGCGGCGUAGCAGCGACAACAUGUCGGCCAGGUCAUCAGACAGUGAUAGGAGUGAUAUGUCAGCCCUCUCCCGUGCCAGCAGUGCCUCCCGACUCAGUAGCACCAGCUACAUGUCCAUCCAAUCAGAACGACCCGUGUCACGACUCAGUCGGCAUUUACGAUCAGUGGGCCGCAGCAUGCUGAAGAGCUCCAGUGUAAGCGGAGAGAUCUACACGCAGGAGCGCACUGAUGGCAGCCAAUCAGACACAGCACUGGGUACAGUGGGUGGUGGCAGCAAGAAGAGACGUUCCAGCCUCAGUGCGCGGGUAGUGGCCAUCGUCGGCAACCGCCGCAGCAGAAGCACCUCCCAGAUCAGCGGCCCUGAAGGGAAGAGUAAAAAGGAGAAAGGUGCACCCAUCCAGAGGAGCACAGAGACCGGCAUGGCAGUGGAGCUGACCCGCAACAUGAGCCGGCAGCCAAGCAGAGAGUCCAACAACGGCAGCAUGAACAGCUGCAACUCAGAGGGAAAUUUGAUCUUCUCUGGCGUGAAUCUGGGGGCCAGCAGUCAGUUCAGUGACUUCCUGGACGGCCUUGGACCAGCUCAGUUAGUGGGAAGGCAAACACUGGCUACACCUGCGAUAGGAGACAUUCAGAUCGGUAUGAUGGAGAAGAAGGGUCAGCUGGAGGUGGAAGUCAUCAGAGCUCGAGGCCUCGUACAAAAGCCAGGAUCCAAAUCCCUCCCUGCUCCAUAUGUCAAGGUCUAUCUGCUGAAUAACGGAGCAUACGUAGCCAAAAAGAAAACCAAGAUUGCACGGAAAACACUUGACCCAUUGUACCAGCAAGCACUGCUAUUUGAGGAGAGCCCACAGGGUAAAGUCUUACAGGUGAUUGUAUGGGGGGACUAUGGUCGUAUGGACCAUAAGAGCUUCAUGGGUGUUGCACAAAUUCUGUUGGAGGAACUGGACUUAUCAAGCACAGUCAUUGGUUGGUACAAAUUAUUCCCACCAUCCUCCUUGGUGGAUCCGACACUUGCCUCCCUAACACGGCGGGCUUCGCAGUCAUCACUUGACAGCUCCUCCGGACCUCCAGGAGUCCGAUCCUAGUGGACCAACUGCUCAACACCACUGGACGAUUAAACGAACUAUGAAAAGUACUGUAGAGAGAAACAAACACAUAAAAAGAUGGCGGAGAAGUAGAACAACAACAAUCAGAAACAGUCACAAUGAGAAAGCUUUGUUGAAAUCUGACAAUCACUUCUGUCGUGGUUAAUUUUGUUUGUUGUAGAGAGCGCCACAUUUCAGUGUUUCAUAUCCAUUCAAAGAAAAAGACUCAUAGUUUUUCUCCAUGUGCUGAAGAAGUAGAGCUGGUGAGCAGCAGCUCUCGAGAUAAGAGACAAAUAGUAAAAAGUGUCAGAAUCAAAUGCAGGAUGGCUUUUCACCGAAUCAACAAUAGCAAAGAAAUGUAUGUAAGCAUUGGAAUGUAUGGACUCCAGACAGAGGUAUUCCCCCUCCAUUCCUGCAGGGGGUGCAGUCCUCUCUGCAGUGGCCUCCUCCAGGACCCAACAGACUGCCGGCAUCCUGCCCCCAGGCAGGGUGCUCCUCCGUGGGUAUUCAGUCUGGAAGCACAGGGCCUUCUUCUGGUGCCUAGACCUUGGAGCCGCAUCACUGGUCCCUCUCUGUCAAAAAAUCCUCUUUUCAAUAUGUUUACCAUGGCUGCUCGUGGCCACACUGUUUUAGGGUGUUUGCGUUGUUGUUCAUUUUCUUUCCCUUUGUUACUACUGGCACAAAAUGUUUUUACAGUGUGUGAAAUGCUCAUGAUAAUGUUGUCAGUCUGGUGUGUGCAUGGAGAGAAAAAAACUAAACAAAGAUGAAAAUGGAAAUAAAAUCUAUUAAAUGUCUGCAAGUGUUAUGCAGGGGGAGGGAGGGGGGCUGAUAAAGAAGACACAUCUUAGAUUUUUACACUUGACGGUGAGAUUAGCGUGCAGCGUUGUUUUCCUUGUUCCACCGCUGGCAAAUGUCAAAGCCAGUUGUCUUUGUAUAGAUGUAUAUUAGGCCUCCCAGGAGGUUGACCAAUAAAUGAAAUUUAUGUCACUUUGAAAUAGGGAUCAACAUCACUGUAAAAAAAAAAAAAAUCUUUAU